AUGGCUGAGUUUUGGACGGCAGUUGAAGUGCCCCAUCCCACCAAUGGAGUGGGUGUUCCCAAGCCCAUCCUCUUCACACCUGACAGCGAGCGGCCUCGGCAAGCCCAUGCCAUGGCAUCCAUCCGCUGGGAAAUGUACAUUGGAUCGAAGCACCACUCCAAGGGUCGAAUCGCUUUACAGGAGCGUCACGACAAGAAGAAGUGCAUUCCUCGGUUUCGAUUUCUCUUGGAGGCUCGACGAAUCUCGCUUGAUGGUGCAAGAAUGAGUGAUGCUGUCUACUUCGAAAGUAUUCGACUUCCCGUCACGUGCAAGUGGACGACAGAGUUGGAUUCCACUGUGGUGAGUACGAACCGUCUCGGCAAGGUUGUUUGUCUUGAAUUCCCCCCCAACAUGUUUGGCAUUAAGAAGGUUCACAUCAACAUGACGUUGGCCAACAGACACCUCAUGUCAGAGGCUGUCAAGCUUGCUGACAAGAACCGCCGCAGCAUCCUAUUCGGAGGAGCCUGA